UUAAAUGAAACUUUUCAAUAAUGUAUAUUAAUUGCUAUUUAUUAGUAUUUGUAACUUUCGGUAUUACUAUUACUCUUGGAGUCAACAGAUAUGAUGAUUACGAAUUCAUACUCGAAAAGUGCUGCGAUUUGGGCACAAAUCGGGCCAAACAGAUGCCGACCGGCGGUUGUGUUUUCGGUAACACAACGUUUGACAGAUUGAUCACAAACACUGAGUAUAGGAAACAAUGCGAACUCGUUGUGCAGAUCUGUUGUCUGAAAGAGCAUCGAAGCCGUAAUUGCGAAGAGGGAAAGGCCUUCGCUAAGAGACAUGAAAACUGUUCCGCAAUUAAUACAGCGAUUGUCACGAAUGCCGCCAACGAAACCGUCAAAGACUGUUGCCUGUCAUGUCAUUUGGGUCUAAUGGCCAGUCGUGAUCACUUUCCAUGUACGUUUAACGCCCAUGGUACUUUUGGGUUAGGAUACCCCUACGAGGAUGUCUACUAUGAGUGUUGCGCUAACCCUAAACUCGAUGCCUUUAAUUCACUCAUUAGUACGCGAAGAAGUGGGGCCUCAACGAGCAUAUGUGACACAAAUCACUCUCCCUGUGCCCAUAACUGUUACGAUCCCGGGGCCGAUGUGGGACCCGUCCGGUGCUCGUGUUUCAAAGGCUAUCAGUUGGCGACCGAUGGCAGGGAUUGUAUUGAUGUCGACGAAUGCGAUGAAAAGACCCACACAUGCGAUGUCAAGACAGAAGAGUGCGUUAAUAAUGUCGGCGGCUUUGAGUGUCGCAAGAAUGAGAGACACGAGUCCAGAGAUACGAGCCAUCCCUGUCCUGAUGGCUAUAAGUGGAAUAAUAGGCACAAGAGAUGCAGCGACAUUGACGAGUGUUUCGUGAAUUCAGACAAUUGUAAUCGAUUGACACACUUAUGUAAGAACCAAUUGGGAUCGUUUCAGUGCAUUCUGUUGGGCGACACGUGUCCGCCCGGUUUCAAACGGGGCCCGAAUGGAGACCGAGACUGUCAGGACAUUAACGAGUGUCUGGACAGGAGUCAGAAUGGGUGUCAAGAGCCGCUCGAAUCGUGCAUUAACUCCGUUGGCGGCUAUUAUUGCGAACAAAUCCCAGACUUGGAUUCAUCGGAGACCACAACGAGGCAACUCAUAACAGAUCCGACGCAAUGCAAGACUGGCUAUAGGUUUUCAAAGUUAACGUAUCAGUGCGAGGAUAUCGAUGAGUGCCGUAUAGGUCAGCACACGUGCAAUUUGGCCACUCAUAACUGUGUCAACACCGACGGCACGUAUAACUACGCAACCGAUGGUCGCGAGAGUGCGAAGACAUCAACGAAUGCGAGACCGAGUAUAUGCCGUGUCGUCGGGAACAGAGCUGUCGUAAUACAGAAAACGUCCGAAACGACGUCCGAAACGCCUUCCGAAACGACGGCUGAAACCGAUAAACCGCUCAAAUCAAGUGCCGAAGAAGUGGAAGGCGAAGAAGAGGAUGAAGACGAUAGCCUACUUCAAGCGUCCAAAGGUGGCGACGGGGAUGCGGUCAAUAUGAAGACGUGUGGCAUCACUCGCAAGAAGAGCGGCAAUAUUGUGGGCGGAGAGAAGGCGGCCGAAGCGGAGUUCCCGUGGAUUGUGUCGUUCCAGAGGCCAAAAGGCGAUGGUAUGAUCCACUUCUGCGGCGGCUCUAUCAUCAACGAGAGGUGGCUAUUGUCUGCCGCCCACUGUUUCCAAGGUGUCACCAAUUCAUUCCCAAAGAUGAAAGCAGUGGUCGGAACCAUCAAAUGGGCCGACCCUAAGGCCCCCAAAUACACCCUCGAGAAGCUGUUCAAUCACGAGGCGUACGACGAGAAUGUUUACGCCAACGAUAUCUCACUCAUCAAAGUGAAAGAGACAAUCGCUAUGACAUCGACUAAAACUCAUUACACGGUGAACAGUGUAUGUGUGCCCACACCCGAUGUCAAUCCCACCGAUACGGCCACAGUCUAUGGCUGGGGUUAUCUCAAGGAAGAGGGAGACCCGAGCGCUGAUCUAAUGAAAGUAACGGUUAAUAAAUUUGACACUAAAGAGUGUAAUAAAGUUUACACAGAAUUUGUCGGCAAUUUUACACCCGAAAUGUUUUGCUAUUUGUCUCCCGGCAAAGACGCCUGUAAGGGUGACUCCGGCGGUCCACUGACGCAAACAAUUAAAAGAAAGGGAACUCAAUUAGGAGUGGUAUCUUUUGGUCACGGCUGCGCUCGACCUAAAACACCCGGCAACAUGAAUAGAAAGGGAACUCAAUUAGGAGUGGUAUCUUUUGGUCACGGCUGCGCUCGACCUAAAACACCCGGUAUAUACCAAGAAGUGGCCAAAUUUUAUCCUUGGAUUGAGAAAACUAUCAAGGCCAAUCCUUAG